CCACACUUUUUCUUUUUUACUUUUUUUUUCCCCCUUCGCUUUUCCUGCCUUUCAUCGAUAGCAUAUUCUCAUUCCAUUCCUCAUUCUUUUUUUUUCAUACCAAUCCAUCUGUGCUUUGAAAGCUACUCGUAGUCUCGCACAAUAUCCCACAAUCUCGAUCACUUGAGCGCGCUUUGUAGUGAACAUGUCCGUCCAUAACCAUAGAGCCAUGAUGCCUGCGCCUCCUUCGAACCGUGUAAUCGAGAUGCUUGAUGCCAUCCGGGCUGAGUUUGACCAAAUGGCUCAAGAAGCAUAUAUCUGCAAAUCGCAAAGAGAUGAUUUCGAAAUGAAAAUUAAUUCCCAGAUUCAAGAGAUGAACACUUUCCAGAAGAGCCUCGUGGAAAUGGAACGAUCCCAGCAAACAAUAAAGAAACAAUAUGAGGAAGAAAUCGCUCGCCUCCGUCAGCAGAUCAAACAAACUCAAGCACGAGCCGCCGGACCACACGCAGUUCAAUCCAUAACUACACCACACGGAUCUCAUCCGCCGCCACCUAAUAUCGGGCCUGGAAGCAAUUAUUUUGGAGGUAUCAUGAGUGCUCAUGGCAAGAAUCAAGCUGGGCUUGUGGCACCUCCACAGAUGAGCGAGUCAGUUCCACAGCAACCGCCAACGGUUCCCCCACCGCCACCAACACAAGGAAGAUCCACUUAUCCACCCUCAUCUUCCGCUUAUUCCAAUGCCUCCAAUUCCCCCGCACCGCCGCCGGCAUCAUCAAUGCAAGGCUCUUAUGGAAGUAUGGCUGCAUCAGCAAGCCCCUAUCCACCACAACAAGGUUAUGGUUAUCCUGUAGCGGGAGGAGGUCCGCCACCGUCUGCACAAUCAUCAUCCCAGGUAAAUGCUGGCGCCAAACGGAAGUCAAGACCCUCACCCACUGGUCCUCCGCCUCCACCCCCCGUCUCAUCCAUGAAUUCAGGAAGAUUUUCCGUAAAAGUACCUGUCAGCGCUAGUGCACCAGGUGGUUUGGCCGAUAUUGAUCCCGAAAGCGUACCACCGAAUAUGAAAAUUGAAGGACAAGACUGGUUUGCAUUAUACAACCCAAAGACUACACGUUAUCUUAAAGUGGACUUGCAGCAUACUUUGGAACAUGGAAGCGUUGUGUGCUGCGUAAAAUUCAGUGCGGAUGGUCGUUAUCUUGCGGCGGGAUGUAAUCGAUCAACGUUUAUUUACGACGUCGCUACUGCACAGAGAAUAUGCGUAUUGCAGGAUGACAAGGUACCGAAAGAUGGUGACCUCUACAUUCGGUCUGUCUGCUUUAGUCCUGAUGGCCAGUUCCUUGCCACUGGUGCCGAAGACAAACUUAUCAGAAUAUGGGAUAUCGCUCAAAAGCGGGUGCGUAAUGUACUUGCUGGACAUGAACAAGACAUCUAUUCGUUGGACUUUAGUCGCGACGGUAAAAUUAUUGUAUCAGGGUCGGGCGAUCGAACAGCAAGAAUCUGGGCAAUGGAUACAGGAAAAUGCCUGCACGUACUUCGUAUCAAAGAUCUGGACCAAAAAGAUCCGGGAGUGACGAGUGUAGCGGUUUCACCAGAUGGCCGUUUAGUGGCAGCAGGAAGUUUGGAUAAGAUGGUUCGCGUAUGGGAUAGCCGAACUGGCGCCAUGUUGGAACGUCUGGAGGGACACAAGGACAGUGUUUAUUCAGUGGCCUUCAUGCCGGAUGGUAAAUCGCUUGUCAGUGGUAGCUUGGACAAGACGCUGAAACUGUGGCAAUUGGGUACCAGCGAAGGACGUGGAUAUGGCGUGGAUUGGGAUCGAUCCAAAGGACCUUGCAAGAUGACAUUUACCGGUCAUAAAGACUUUGUUUUGUCGGUAGCCACAACGCCAGAUGGCCAUUGGAUCGUCUCAGGUUCAAAGGACCGUGGUGUGCAAUUCUGGGAUCCUCGCACUGGUCAAACUCAAUUCAUGUUGCAAGGACAUAAAAAUUCAGUCAUCUCUGUUGCCAUCAGCCCUGCAGGAAGGCCUCUAUUUGCUACAGGUUCUGGCGAUAAUCGCGCACGCAUCUGGAGUUAUGAGCCCGUAGGCCCUUAGCAAUGAAACCUACUUUAACUGAUUCCGCACUUUUUCGAUUUCAUUUCAUUUUUUUUUUUUCUUUCUGCUUUCACGCACAUUAUAUGAUAUCAGUCGCCAUAGCUUUAGUUUAUGUGGAAGAUCCUUGUUUCUCAUUCUGAAAAUGAGCUUUAUGCCCUAUUUUAAGCAUGUGACAUAUCGUUGCAAGCGUUAUGAACAAAAGUGCGUCUUUUUUUUUUCUUUUUUUUGGCAUUUUUCAUGCGUUGGGUGUGUGACGUCUUUUUUUAAA